AGUGACGCCGUUCUAGAGACUAUUUACUCAUAGCAUGUUCGCCGUUCCUUUCCAGUUCUUAACGCUGUGCCGUAAACACGUGGUUAAGAGUGUAAUUAUUGAAUUUAAGAAUGCCACUGGCUCGUGAUCUUUUGCAUCCUAGUCCUAUUGAGGAAAAAAGAAAGCAUAAAUUAAAGAGACUCGUCCAAAAGCCCAACAGCUAUUUUAUGGAUGUAAAAUGUCCAGGAUGUUAUGCUAUCAAAACUAUCUUUUCACAUGCACAGAAACCAGUUGAGUGUGAUGGUUGCCGUACGAUUUUAUGUACACCAACUGGUGGUAAAGCACGGUUAACAGAGGGUUGCUCCUUUAGAAGGAAGGUUCAAUGUUAAUUUUAUGUGACACAAACAUCAUUCUUUACAUUCGAUAAAUAAAUACAAUUAUACUAUAAUGAGUAUAUAUUUCUAUCACAAUGUGUGUACAUAUGUGUGUUUAUACAUGCAUCCCUUUAUUUCAUAAUAUUUUAUUCACGUCAUCAAUACUGAAAUACUUUUAUAAUGCUAUGCAAAUAAUUAUUUAAUGAAUACACAGAUUAUUAUAUGAUCAUUAAUUUUUUUUAUUUCUAAUUAUGUCAGAGAUAAUCUUAAUAAAUGUAGCAGCUUAUAACAAUUAAAUAUUAAUUUACAUCAUGA